CUUCAACCAAGUUUCAAACAAGCAUAAACACACAAACAUAUGGAGCAAGGCAAAAAAAUGGCCCUAAUUGUGGGUUGCAAUUACCCUAACACCCCAAACAAGCUGCACGGUUGCCAUAACGACGCGUUAGCCAUACGUGACUUGCGCACAGCCCGAUUCGAAUUCAUCCCGGAUAACAUUGGGCUUAUGAUGGACAAGCCCGAAAGCCCAAUAAUGCCAACUGGAGCCAACAUCAAGACUGCACUAAACAAAAUGGUCGAUCGGGCAAAAAAAGGAGACGUCUUGUUCUUUCAUUACUCUGGCCACGGGACUCUGAUCGAGCGUCACGGUUUAUCCAAGAGAGAGGAAGCUAUUGUACCUUGUGAUUUCAAUCUCAGCACCAGGAGGCAUUCAAAUGUUCAUAGUGAACUCAUACCAUCAACAAUUUCGUCGGCAACUGAUGUUCUCUCUCAAGAGCAACAAGCCGAGAGGCCAGCCGCCGAGAAAACCAAGAUCCAGGUUCUCCACAGUCAUCUGAGUUUCCGGUCUGAGAACAUUCAUCUGAUGACCGACAAGUCAGGAAGCAACACAAACACAAUGCCUACGGGCUACGGCACGCAACAUCAAGAGAACACUGGAUGCGAUGGUAGCAACUAGCAAGACCAAAACCAGUCACUUUCACUAUCAUCGCAGAUUCUUGCUGCAGCUGCCACCUCAUUGUUAAGGAAGAGCUAAAGAUUCUGCCCGGGAACUAUCGACCCAAUUAUAUGAGUCUGUGUGUCUGUCUGAAUAAAACUACAGAAAAUUAACCAUCCAUGUUAUUUUUUCCCUAUUAAUCUUGGUUAGAUUGUUUCUGAUCAAUAUGAGUUCAUUGUUUCUACUUUAAUUAAUUCCAUACCAUUAAUUAGUGUCAUCAGUGCUUCAAAAUCUAUUCCAGCGUUACUUUAAAACUUCUAUAUAUCUAAUUUGUUGGUCUUCUUGCUUCCUUACAGUACAGCCUUCUCUUAAUUGAUUGCUAAUUAACAUCUCUUAUUGAUUUACAUGCAUGCUUACUUCCAAUUCUUUGUUUGAUUUACUUGGUGCACUUUAUUCAUUUCAACACAAUUGUGUUUCCUUUACCUCAACAGAUUAGAUUAUUGGCUUGUGUUUCAACUUAUUAAUUGAUUGAUUCUUGAUAAACUAACUAGGACCACUAAUAUUAACAUUCAAAAAAUAAAAAUAAAAACAUAAAAAAAGGAGAGUAAUUUCUUUAAUUUAACCACCCAUU